UGAAGACGCUGUGUGAGACUCGAUCUAACACUCUUCUGCUGGGAUUGAGCUCUUCUCUUCUGGAAACUGGACUUCAGAGAAAUGAUGCUGAUCUUUGGACUGAUGCUGCUGCUGCAAACUGCUGCAUCAUUGGGGGAAUUGGUGAUCCUCUGCACAUCUUGACUUCUGAGAGACACUAUCACUCUGAGAGGCUCUUCUUAUACCCAAUCAUGUUGCCAACUGACGUCUGGAUAAUGUCUGCUGGUUUGGUCAAUCUGAUCCCUGUUACGCAGCUCUUGGAGAGAAACUCAAUCUGCCGAUGGUGCAAGACACUAGAAAAUAUUACCUGAAAUUAAUAAAGAGGAUAAACGACAACACACAAGAUGAUCGAGUUUGUAGAGUAAAGAAUGGCAGGAUGAGGAUGAGUGAAUGUGAUCUUUAUAAAAACAGACCUGAAGUGACGGUCAUUAAUGGGUUUUUGAUAAUAAAGCGUGUGAUCAGAUCAGAUUCUGGGAAUUACAGAUUAUCACUCACUGACGCAGAUGGCACAGAAACAUCUAGAGAUCUUCAAGUGAUUGUUGAAGCUCCUAUUGGCUCAGUGGAAGUGUCAAUCAUCUGCUCCUCCAGUGGGGUGAUGAGGGUGUCCUGCUCCUCUGAGGGGGAUCAGCUCCUCUACAACUGGACUCUGAAUGGAGGUCCACUGAUGGAUGGAAACAGCAGCAUUGAUCUGGAUGAGAGAACUGAUGGAGACAUCAGCUGCAGCGUGAAGAACCACGUCAGUCACGCACAGAAGACCAUUAGACUCAAACCCUGUCCUGGUCCAGAUCGUUUUUGCAGUUUUAAUCAAUCAGAUUCCUGUUACGCAGCUGUGGGAGACAAACUCAAUCUACUGCUGGUGCGGGACGCUCGAGAUCAAGAGCUGCAUUUGUAUAAGAUGUUAAUGGAUAGCAGAGAACUGGAAGUUUUUAGAAUAAAGAACAAAGAAGAGAAAAAACAUGAAUCCAUAAGAAACAGAUCUGAGUUCAUCUUUGAUAAUGGGACUCUGAUAAUAAACCGUGUGAUCAGAGCAGAUUCAGGAAAUUACAGAUUAGAGUUCUAUCACUCGGAUGGCUCAAGAACAUUUAAAAAGCAUCUACUUAUUAAUAUUGAAGCUCCUAUUGGCUCAGUGGAAGUGACAAUCAACUGCUCCUCCAAUCAUAGGUCAGUGUUCUGCUCAUCUGACGGGGAUCAGCUCCUCUACAACUGGACUCUGAAUGGAGAAAUACUAGAACAAGGACCAAUGAAUGGAAACACCACCAUUCAGCUAAAUGAGGAAACUGAUGGAGACAUCAUCUGCAGCGUGAAGAACCACGUCAGUCACGCACAGAAGACCAUUAGACUCAAACCCUGUCCUGGUCCAGUUCGGUUCUGCAGUUUUAAUCAAACAGAUCCCUGUUACACAGCUCUGGGAGACAAACUCCAUCUGCCGAUGGUGCUGAACGCUAUGGAAUAUGACCUGAAGAUACGUAAGAAGAUAUACAACACUCAAGAUGAUCCAGUUUGUAGAGUAAAACAAGGCAGGAUAAAGGAAUGUGAUCUUAAUAAUAACAGAACUGAAUUGACAGUCAUUAAUGGGACUCUGAUAAUAAAUCGUGUGAUCAGAUCAGAUUCUGGGAAUUACACAUUAACACUCUCCCACUCUGACGGAACAGAAACAUCUAGAGAUCUUCAAGUGAUUGUUGAAGCUCCUAUUGGCUCAGUAAAUGUGUCAAUCAUCUGCUCCUCCAGUGGGGUGAUGAGGGUGUCCUGCUCCUCUGAGGGGGAUCAGCUCCUCUACAGCUGGACUCUGAAUGGAGGUCCACUGAUGGAUGGAAACAGCAGCAUUGAUCUGGAUGAGAGAACUGAUGGAGACAUCAGCUGCAGCGUGAAGAACCACGUCAGUCACACACAGAAGACCAUUAGACUCAAACCCUGUCCUGGUCUGGAUCGGUUCUGCAGUUUUGAUCAGUCUGAUCACUGUUACACAGCUCUGGAACACAAACUCAAUCUGCUGAUGGUGGACGCUAGAGAAUAUGAAUUGCAUUUAAAAAAGAGAAUAAACAACAACACAGGAGAUGGUGGAGUUUGUAGAGUAAAGAAUGACAUUAUGAGGAUGAGUCAAUGUGAUCUUUAUAAUAACAGACCUGAAGUGACAGUCAUUAAUGGGACUGUGAUAAUAAAGCGUGUGAUCAGAUCAGAUUCUGGGAAUUACAGAUUAUCACUCUCUCGCUCAAAUGGCACAGAAACAUCUAGAGAUCUUCAAGUGAUUGUUGAAGCUCCUAUUGGCUCAGUGGAAGUGUCAAUCAUCUGCUCCUCCAAUCAGAGGUCAGUGUUCUGCUCAUCUGACGGGGAUCAGAUCAUCUACAACUGGACUCUGAAUGGAGAAAUACUAGAACAAGGACCAAUGAAUGGAAACACCACCUUUCAGCUAAAAGAGGAAACUGAUGGAGACAUCAUCUGCAGCGUGAAGAACCACGUCAGUCACGCACAGACGUCCAUUAGACUCCAACCCUGUCCUGGACCAACUACUGCAGCUGUGACACCAACACCAGAAUCUGGUCUGGAUAAUGUCUGCUGGUUUGGUCAAUCUGAUCACUGUUACACAGCUCUGGGAGACAAACUCAAUCUGAUGAUGGUGGACGCUAGAGAAUAUGACCUGACGUUAAAAAAGAGAAUAAAUUACAACACAGCAGAUGGUCCAGUUUGUAGAGUAAAGAAUGACAUUUUGAGGAUGAGUCAAUGUGAUCUUUAUAAUAACAGACCUGAAGUGACAGUCAUUAAUGGGACUGUGAUAAUAAAGCGUGUGAUCAGAGCAGAUUCUGGGAAUUACAGAUUAACUCUCACUGAAUCAGACGGCACAGAAACAUCUAGAGAUCUUCAAGUGAUUGUUGAAGCUCCUAUUGGCUCAGUGGAAGUGUUAAUCAUCUGCUCCUGUAAUCGGAAGUCAGUGUUCUGCUCAUCUGACGGGGAUCAGAUCAUCUACAGCUGGACUCUGAAUGGAGAAAUACUAGAACAAGGACCAGUGGAUGGAAACACCAUUCAGCUAAAUGAGGGAACUGAUAGAAAUAUCAGCUGCAGCGUGAGAAACCACGUCAGUCACGCACAGAAGACCAUUAGACUCAAACCCUGUCCUGGACCAACUACUGCAGCUGUGACACCAACACCAGAAUCUGGUCUGGAUCAGUUCUGCAGUUUUAAUCAAUCUGAUCCCUGUUACACAGCUCUGGGAGACAAACUCAAUCUGCUGAUGAUGGACGCUAGAGAAUAUGAUCUGCAGUUAAAAAAGAGAAUAAACGACAACACAGCAGAUGGUCCAGUUUGUAGAGUAAAGAAUGACAUUAUGAGGAUGAGUCAAUGUGAUCUUUAUAAAAACAGACCUGAAGUGACAGUCAUUAAUGGGACUGUGAUAAUAAAGUGUGUGAACAGAUCAGAUUCUGGGAAUUACACAUUAACACUCUCUCACUCUGACGGCACAGAAACAUCUAGAGAUCUUCAAGUGAUUGUUGAAGCUCCUAUUGGCUCAGUGGAAGUGUUAAUCAUCUGCUCCUCCAAUCAGAGGUCAGUGUUCUGCUCAUCUGACGGGGAUCAGAUCAUCUACAACUGGACUCUGAAUGGAGAAAUACUAGAACAAGGAUCAAUGAAUGGAAACACCAGCAUUCAGCUAAAUGAGGGAACUGAUGGAGACAUCAGCUGCAGCGUGAAGAACCACGUCAGUCACACACAGAAGACCAUUAGACUCAAACCCUGUCCUGGACCAACUACUGCAGCUGUGACCUCAAGUUUGACCACUACGAAAUCAAAAUCAAUAAAUGGUACGAGUUUCUCAUCAGCACAUACGAAACAAACCCCCACUCAGAGCCCUGAAGAAUUCAGACGAAUGCUUUUACAAUUCUCUCUGAUUGCUUUGGGCUGCGUUGCUCUGAUCCUGAUUCUGCUGUUCAUCACUUUAUGUUACAUUUACAAGAAGAAGCAGGUCAAGUCAACACAAGCCGCCUCCGGAGAUAUGGAGCUCAUAUACGCUGAUAUCUCUCAUGAGAAAAAGAGUGUAAAGAAGAAUACAGAAUCUUUCUCAGCUUCUGAUGUGGAAUAUGCCGCUAUCCAGCCGCAGACAAAGAGAAAGAAGAAGAAGAAGAAGGAGGAGGUGGAGGAGGUUCAGUAUGGCGAGGUGACGUUCACUCCAAAACAAGCAACUGCUCCACAGCAGAAGCUUCAGGAGGAGUGUGUUUACUCACAGGUACAGAGAGACUAGUUUCACAGCAACACCUUGUGAAGGAUUGCACUUUCCCUGGAAACCGAGUGCUUAUUUUCACUAAUGUUUGGUUUGGGACUUCUAUAGGCUAUAUAAAGCAGUUAUCUCUUUGCAUUUGUAAAUUAUUUAGCUUGACAUGUUAACGAUGGUACUGUAUGUUAAUAUGUGGUCUUAUGGGUUGUAUAGCGUGAGCUUUAUUGUACAUGUCUGGGCUGAACUGUCAUGAGUAAGCAAAACAAUGAAAAAAAAACAGGAAACCAAUCGCAUGUUAUUUUCUCUCGAACUUCUGUGCACUUCUGUUUUUAGCACUUCUCGAUUUGCAACUGCGACUAUAUGAAGGCAAGAAAAAGCUUAAAUGAAUGUCAGCUUAUAAUCAUGAAUCUUGAGGAGGUGAUCGAUGUGGACAUGUGCUCAAAAGUCAUUAAAAAACACCCUGAUAGCAUACAUACAUCACAGAGAUGUCUAUUUGAUGUAUGCAUUACAUCUGCAAAAACUGAGUUUUUAGAGUUUUUUACUCAUCUGCAAUCUGUCUAUAAGAUGUUUCCUAUAUGUCAAAUAGACGUUUAGAAGAUGUCUUUAAGAUGUUUGUGAUUUAGAAAUGAAUGUAAAACUGACUUCUUAAAGACAUCUUUCAGAUGUUUGCACACAGCAGAUGCUUUCCAAAUGAAUUGAUCUUUAACAGAUGUCUUGCAGAUGUGAUGCAGUUUGGUGAUUUGGAAUUAAAACAUUUCAAAGCAAUUGAAGUCUGAGCUUUUCUAGAUUGAGUUAUGCAUUUAUAAAUUUGCCCAUCCUGAGUGACGUGAAGCAGUCACAUAUUGUUUUGAAACAUUUACAGCAGAGUUGGAAAUUAACAGGGGCUUGUGGCGAAAAAAAAAUGCCACCAAAAUGAAAAAAAAAUUCCACACAAAUUCAAGAUAAAGGGGUAAAAAUUGCCCCAGUGGAAAUAAACAAUGUAUUACAGCUGUCGUGAUUAAAAUGAAAUACUCACGCUGCAUCAGAUUGCUUUUUACACUUUUUUUAUUUUAGUAUUUAUUAUUUGUUAAUUUAGUAUUUUGAUUGAUUGAAGUAAUUGGUUAAAUUCAAGUAUUUGACAUGAAAGACAACUCCGAUAAAAUUAUUAAGGUGCUGAUAAAAACUGCCCUCACGAAUGUAUAAAAUGAGUAAAUUUCUGACCCUGGUUUACAGAACACUUCUGUUUACAGAUAAAUAUUGCAUUACUAAUGUCUUAAAUUUCAUCUCUCAAGUACAGGAAAAGACCUGAGAAAGGCCGAAAAGGCCUGGUAAUAUCUGAAGGUUUGCACACGUAAUUGCAUAAAGUCCUGUAGUGUUGAUUGAUAGUAAAUAGUAACCUAUUUGUUUCUACCAGCUAAAUUAGUCAAGGGGUUCAGUUCCCAAAGAAAAACUUAAUAGCUUGAAUUCACAGUAAAAUGCAUGUAAACACGUCUUCUAAAAGCAGUAAUCAAAAUGCACUCAAAUCAGUUGAAUCUUUGUUGCUUUCAUUGAUAAUAGUUUUGUUUGGUUGGUUUGAAUUGGUUUUAUAAGUAUGUCAGUUUUUAUCUGCAUACAUUCAGUAUACUGUCAUUGAUUGCUUAAACACAUUUCUUGAAACUAUGCCUCAUGUCUAGUCAGGCUUAUUCCAUUCCAUCGUCUCUGUGUCCUACAAAAAUUGAAGUUCUGAUUACUGUAACUAUAAAAUCCUUUUUACAAAAUGGAAGCAGACAGACACUUUAUCUGUACGUAAGGCAAUUUGAUGUUGUAACAGAGUACAGCUCUCAAAAUUUACAGUAGAGUACACUGAGGUACACCAACUUGUUUUCCUCCCUGAAUGUUUUCAUGAUCGAGGCGAGUGUGAAGCAACUUAAGUUUUGCUGAACUCAUUGCCCAGACUUCCUCAUAGUCAUACCAUGGGCAAGGACAUGGUCAACUAGUGUCACAAAUUUAAUCUGAGGCUCCUCCUCCUCCUCCUCCACCCUGGUGUUUUCAAUCAUGUUUCUCUGGAUCCACUGAUGCAAAACUGAAUGAACUGACUGGGACUCUUUAAUCUAUCAAUUGAAGGUUCUGAUUGGUGUGAUUAAACUUUGACUGUAGUGUUACCGCGUGGGUAACUGUGUGCUUAUUGAGCUCAAGCUAUUCUGACUUGAGUGAACAAUAUUAAAUGCUAGUGUUUUCUUAA